GCGAGCACUGUACUGUGUCCUAAUCAGCGGGAAUGAUCCAGGCGGUCCUUUUAGCGUUGGCUUAUUACGCCACUGGUGUUGCAGGUGAAUUCACAUGGGGUAAUGACGCCGCACCCCUGCCGCAUUCCAUGGUACUAGAUGCAGGUAACAACUACCAUGUAUCUUGGAAUUUCAACGAGGAAUAUUUCUGGUUUCAAGUCACCGUAAAAACGCUCGGCUAUGUCGGUUUAGGGUUCUCUCCUAACGGCGGCAUGAAAGGUUCAGAUAUCGUCAUCGGUGGUGUGGACGACGCUUCCGGUAGAGGGUAUCUGUCUGAUCGCCACGCCGUAGGUCAAUCUGAGCCUCUGGUAGACACCAAUCAGGACUACACUCUCCAUUACAGUCAUCAGAACGACACCCACACCGUUCUACAGAUCAGCCGUAAACUACAACUGUGCAGCGGUGAAGACCAUUUCCUGAAGGAGGAGACAGUACGCCUGAUCUGGGCCUAUAACGACGCUGAUCCCUCCACAGAAGGCUCUAUCCAGUAUCAUGGUGCUAACAAAGGGAACAAAAACGUGUAUCUACUGAACGCUCAGCGUAAAGCACCGCCUCUGCCUGAUAAUGUGAUUAUCGAGGACUUCUUGAACAAUAAGACUGUUAUCCCGAGCAAGUCUACGACAUACUGGUGCCAGGCUUUCGCAGUUCCAAAACUGAAAAGAAAACACCAUGUUAUUAAGGUUGAGCCUAUAAUACAGCCUGGCCAUGAAUCUGAGGUUCAUCAUAUCCUCUUAUACGGCUGUAACCACAAUGUCAGCGAGGAAACCCCCGGCAAAGCACACGAGUGUUACCACAGAAAUAUGCCACCUGACUUCUGGGGUUGUUCAAGCGUUAUGGUGGCGUGGGCAGUUGGGGGAGAGGACAUUUAUUUCCCGGAACACGUUGGCUUGCCUUUCGGUUAUGAAGAAGACCCUACAAUGCUGCUUAUGGAGACACACUACGACAACCCACAAAACAAGGAAGGUCUUGUUGAUUCGUCCGGAUUUAGGCUCACUUUGACCCCUGACCUCAGAGACAACGAUGCUGGUAUUUUUGAGGUUGGUGAAGUUGUGGGACCAGGUCAUAUCAUUCCGCCAUUUGCCGAAAGUUUCCGGACUGUCGGUCAGUGCUUUCCAGAAUGCUUGGAGCAGGCGCUAAAAGGCCGACCUGAAGGUGUCAAAGUGUUUGGGACCAUGCUACACUCUCAUUUGCUGGGACAUGCCAUGCGCGUACGUCAUUUCCGGCAGGGCGCUUACCAGCAACUUGUGGCGGAAGACAACAACUACGACUUCAACUACCAGUACACAAGAAUCAUGGGAAAAGAAAUCGAUGUAUUGCCGGGGGAUCACUUCAUCACGGAAUGUGACUACAGGAGCACAGACCGGAAGAACAUCACUCUUGGUGGUUUGUCAACACGGCAAGAGAUGUGCCUGGGGUUUCUGAUGUACUAUCCCAAGAUAAAACUGGCCAACUGCCAGAGCACGCCCACUCCACAGUACCUAUCCUCGUUCCUGGGCGUUACCAUAAAUCCCCAGUAUACAGUGACUGCUCCUCCGGAGCAUGCCGGGAAGGGUCUUCACGACAUUCUCCGUAACAACGUCGACUGGAAGAAUGAUUCUGUGCGAGAAGCUUUCCAACAGUGGGCCGAGAAAGAUGGCGUUGAUGGCUUCUUUGUUGAAUGUUCUUACGGUUUAUACAACUAUCCGAUUGAUGGAAACGUCAGGUCAAUUUCGAAGACGUCUACUCUGCCAACAGGAGAAACCUGUACAAGUGGGUGUUUGCGCCCACACCUGUCGGAGCUCUUCUGGGCCCUUAGCUUCAUCGCUUUGUUUGCAUACUUUUGAGUGACUUUUAUAUCACGCGUAAUAUGACUCAACGACAAUAUAUUUUUGUUAAAAGUUUACACUUUGUGUAUUUUCUAAUUUACUUGGAACAUCCGAUGUAUCGUAACGUACAAUAAAGAUCUACAUAUAUUUUCCUUU